AUGGAUAUGGACGCCCUCAGGUUCGCGUCGGACGGCACGGUCCGCGCCAUUCUCAUCGCGCUCUGCAACAACCCGGCCAACUGGGCAACUGCACAGAGAUACUUGGGGCACCUCGAGCCCAAUGCCCUACGCGUGGCGGAGUUGCCUGGCACCAAGCGUAAGGCAAAAUGGGGGGCGAGCAUCUACGGCGAGUGUGACAACGUCUUCGACGAGGCCGAUAAUAGAAAGGUCAACGGCUGCUGGGCUAGUGACGAGAAGGAGGAUGACAAGGACGAAGACGAGGACGAGGACGAGGACGAGUAG